UGCUAAAUCGACUUUCACGAAAGUAGUUAGUCAGCUGGUGAUUUGUAUACGUGAUUGAGCUUCCAGAUAAUUAUCACAAUAAUUCACAUGAAUACAAUGCAGAAUGUUUUACGUUCACAUCAGAUUCUACAUAUCUGCAAAUCUUGUGCUCAGAAUGUAUUUUACAGAAAAUGCAUAGGUCAAAUCAGACAUUUCUCUGGCCUGUACCAGCCUCGCUAUAACAAUGAAGAACAAAACAAGAUCUUACAAGUACUUAAUGAAUCCAGUGCAGAAGAGCUGUCCAGGUUUGAUAUCGGCAAAGGUCGUAUAAAUAGCUUGCAACAGUUCCGGCGUAAACGAGGCCAGUUUUGCACAUUAGAUGCAGUUCUUGAAGUGGAUGGUUUGGGGGUGAAGGUCCUGGAGAAACUUUGUGACAGUAUAUUGAACCACAUUUAUGGUUCUGAAAUGGAAGGUUCUGUAGAUAAAUCUCAAGUACAGAAACAGUUGAAAUCAUCCAAGAAUCAGAGAAGCCAGAUGCUUACCCCAACACUUCAAUUAAACCAGAAAAUAGUAGUGCAGAGUGCUGUUGGUAUUCAUAUUGGUGUCACUGCUGUAACAUGGGCUCAUAUUGAUUGCAGUGGGAAAUUACUUCAUUGGGAUCUGCAUAGUCUUGAACUUGGUCCCAAGAAAUUACAUCUCACAUCUUUGUUUGAUGUUGUUCAGAAUAUAUGUGAAAGAUUUCCUGAGGGAGAUUUAUUCAUCAUGGAAGAUAACAUAUGUUCUGUACAGUCACAUCAGAAGCUACCAGCAUCUUUGUCCAUCAACUUGCAGACUUCCCAACUUACUGCCAUGUUUGUAGCUUUACUCAACAAUUCUCCACUGUCUCUCAAGGAGUCACAAUCUGAAUAUCAACACCGUGUGUUUUUCUUACGCUCCCGACUACCAGCACGUUUAUUUGGAAUUCUUGUUGGUGCAGAGAGGGUGUCUGCACAAACAGUGGUAUUGGACAUUCUCUCUGAAGCUCAGAAAAAUUCAACAACAGAACCAGCCAGAAGAAACCUAACCACUAGUAGAUACAGCCCUAUUAAUGUCAAUCAAGACUUAAUAGAGAGCUACCUCAAGAGAACAAGUGUGGAGAAAGAGAACUUAUGUUGGGCCCUGCUACUCACAAUUACCUUCAUGGAUCUCAUUAUACAUCAAAACCCUCGGAGUCUGAAAACCAUUACUGGCAGGAAGUAAUGAUUUGCAGUGGCACAGCUAAGUUGUAG